AGUAUUGGCGAUGGCGGCGGCGGCGGAGGUUUCCCCGGAGCGGCUGGCCGAGGUGGAGGCUCUGCUGGCGCAGCGGGUCUCGGAGCCGGUGCGGGCGCGGUGGCGCUGGGAGGUCAACCUGGGCAAGCCGAACCUCCAGCGGUUCCGGGCGCAGCUGAGCGAGGCCCGGCGAGGCAGGGACGCCCUGCUGGCCCGGGACGCGGCGCUCUCGGAGGCGGAGCAGCAGCGGCUCCAGGGCUUCUUGAGGCUGGAGAUGGCGCUGCUCCGCUGGUUCCAGGCGCGCGGGGAGCGCGAGGCAGCCCGGCGGGCCCGGCGGAGAAAGCCCGGCGUCGGUACGAGUGGAGCGGCCGCGCCUGACGCGGGAAGCGAAGGAUCUGCGGCGGCGCCGGCCCUGGCGAAGGAGGCGGCGCCGAUCGAGGACAAAGAGUCGCCGAGCCCGCCGAUGCCGGCCGAGCCAGCAGCUGCAGCGACGACUUCGGUGGAGAAGGUGGCGGCUCUGCGGGAGGCUCUGCUGGGCGUGGUGGCGGAGCUGGAGGCGGCCGAGGGCCGGGGGCGGCCGGUGCGCGCUGCGCGGAAGCUGGAGGUGGCCCUGGCGGCGUUCUUGGACGACCGGCUUUGGGAGAGCCUGCGGGAGCUGGGCCGGGCGGUGCGGAAGGAAGGGCGCGCCCGGGCUCGGCAGCUGCUGGCCUUGCGGGAGGCCCUGGAGGAAGAAGGCUGGGCCGAGAGCUCUGAGGCGCUGCGGAGGGAGCUGGAGGGGCUGCGGACUGGCCUGCGGGAGGCGACACUGGAAGGACUGCAGCCGAUGCUGGAAAAGGCGGAGGCGCUGCUGCGGAAGACGGACUGCUGGGAGGUGGCCUGCCUGGAGAAGGGGUUGUGGGCCGGCCCACUGGAGGAGGCCGAGGAGGCCCGGAGAGAAGCCAAAACCUUUCGCCAAACCCUCCAGCAGGUGCCGCUGGGGCAAGGUGAGGCGGCCCUCCGUAGAGCUGGCCAGGAGGCACCUGUGAAGGAGGCCCAUCUCCUGUGGGAGAAAGCGGCGGCCCUGGAGACACAGGCACUGGCCUUCUGGUCUGAGACGCUGAAGCAGGCAGAGGAGCUGCUGGCCCGGGUGGAUUCCCUGAGGAGCGCCCUGCAGAACUCCUCCCUGAAGGAAGCCCUCUGGGAGAAGGUGGAGGAGCUGCGGGAUGCUUUGCGGGAAACCACCAGGGAGAAGGUUGGCCUCCUGCCCUUGGACAUGUGGGGCAAGAACCCGCGGGAAAUGUGCAGCCGUCUCCAUCAGCUCUGCCGGGAUUGGCUGCAGCCAGAGAAGAAGACCAAGGCGCAAAUGCUGGACCUGGUGAUCCUGGAGCAGCUGCUGGCCGUGCUUCCUGCAGAGAUGGCCAACUGGGUACGGGAGUGUGGUGCGGAGACCAGCGCCCAGGCGGUGGCCCUGGCCGAAGGCUUCCUGUUGAGCCAGGCAGAGAAGCAGCAGCAGGAAGAGCUGCAGGUACGUCAGGUGCAGCAGUCCUUUCUGGAGACCAUCCCCAGGCAUCCUAAACGGAGGAAGGAUCUGUCAGAGGUGUCUCAAGAGCUGCCUUUCAGGGGGAUCCCUCAAGAAGAUCCAAAUUGGGACACCUCAGAAGGAUCAUCACCUUUUCCUGGUGGAACUGAAAGAGUGGCUGAACCUCCAGUUCAGGGUCUUGUAUCUUUUGAGGAGGUGGCUGUGUGUUUCUCCAAGGAAGAGUGGACUCAGCUGGAUCCCCGCCAAAAAGCCCUCCAUGGGGAAGUCAUGAGGGAGAACCUGAGGAAUGUGGCCUCUGUGGAUACUGUUGGGCAAGAGAACACGUGCUAUAGGCAAAUAUUAGAAGCUCUCAGACGCAAAGAAGGAAGAGACCAAACGGAACUAAAAAGUCACGAGAGAAACCAGUCAAAGUAUGGAAGCAGAAAGUUUUCUGCUUUUCAGUGUGAUGAAUUUCAAGACAGAGCAGCCCUGCACCUUUCCAAAGGAAAAAGGACAAAGUGUUUUGGGAAAAGUGUGAAAACGUUCAGAGAAAAAUUAGAUUUAAAUGAACAUGAUCAAACCCCCACUAAAGAAGAAGAGGAUCAGAACAGGGAAGGUGAAAAAAGUUACAGCUGGACUUUCAUUCUUUCUUUGCGUGAUAGAAUCAACAUGGGGGAGAAACCCUACAAAUGUAGGGAGUGUGGGAAGAACUUCAGGAGCAGCAGCCAGGUUACUUCCCAUAGGAGGAUCCACACAGGGGAGAAACCCUAUAAAUGCCUGGAGUGUGGGAAGAGCUUCAGCUGGAGCAAUGACCUGACUUGCCAUAAAAGGAUCCACACAGGGGAAAAACUUUAUAAGUGCUCUGAAUGUGGGAGGAGCUUCAGGAGGAACAGUCAGCUUGCUUACCAUAAAAGACUCCAUGCGGGAGAAAAACCGUACAAGUGCAUGGAGUGUGGGAAGAACUUCCUAUGGAGCUACCAGCUCACUUCCCACAAAAUGAUCCACACAGGAGAGAAACCCUAUAAAUGUCUGGAGUGUGGGAAGAGCUUCAGGAGGAGCAGCGAACUGACUUCCCACAGAAGGAUCCACACCGGGGAGAGGCCUUAUAAAUGCCUGGAGUGCGGAAGGGAUUUCAGGGGAAGCAGUGAGCUGACCUCCCACAGGAGGGUCCACACAGGAGAAAAACCUUAUAAAUGCAUAGAAUGUGGGAGGACCUUCAGAAGAAACAGCCAGCUUGCUUACCAUAAAAGACUCCAUUCGGGAGAGAAACUAUACAAGUGUAUGGAGUGUGGGAAAAACUUCUUCUGGAGCUAUCAGCUGGCUUCCCAUAAAAUGAUCCACACAGGAGAGAAGCCAUAUAAAUGCAUAGAAUGUGGGAAGAGCUUCAGAGGCAGCCGUGAGCUUUCUUCCCAUAAAAGGAUCCACACAUUAGAAGAAUUACACAAAUGCUUGGGAUGUGGAAAAGCCUUCAGGAGCAGCACUGAGCUCACUUCCCAUAGGAAAAUCCACCCGAGAGAGAGACCAUAUAUAUGUAUGGAGUGUGGAAAAAGCUUCUCUUGGAGUUCUCAGCUUACGUCCCACAAAAGGAUUCAUUCCGGUGAGAAUCCAUAUAAAUGCGUAGAGUGUGGGAAAAGUUUUGGGGAAAAUAGUGAACUUACUUCCCAUAAAACGAUCCACUUAGGCGAGAGACCAUAUAAAUGUAUGAAAUGUGGAAAGAGCUUCAGAAGGAACAGCCAGCUUACCUGCCAUAGGAGAAUCCACACAGGGGAAAAGCCAUUUAAGUGUGCAGUGUGUGGAAAAAGCUUCCGUCAAAGCAGCCACCUCCUUUCCCAUAAAAACAUCCAUACAGGAGAGAAACCAUAUCAAUGCAUGGAAUGUGGGAAGACCUUCAAGAGGAGCAGUGAACUCAUGUCCCAUAAAAGGAUCCACAUGGGGGAGAAGCCAUAGGAAUGAGUGGACGUUUAGCAAGAGCAGCACCCUUGCUUCACAUAAAGGAUUCAGACAUACACGUGUGGAUUGCAGGGAGAGCUUCAGUGAAGCAGGCAGCUUCCCUCCUAUGCAAACAUCCCCUCUAGUGGGAUUGCCUAAACUAGACUUACCUGGUUCUUUUUAUGCACACCUUGUCGUCUUGGUAUCAACAACAAUAACAACAAAAUCUGAGUCAUGAAUCCUGGCUGCCCUAAGCCUGAUUUUUGCCAAAACCUGAAACCUACAGUCACAAGAGAGAAUGAAUUUACUGGGUGGGGGAAGAUUUCUAACAAUAGGGGUGGGCAGUUUAUAUAAGAGGAAUCGGCUUUGAAUGGGCUUUUGCCAUAUUAAUGUGUCAACACUGUUGCACCCCCCAAAAAAUAAUAAUAAUACAGUGAUUUAGUUUAUGCUUUGUGUUUAUGAUGUUCUCAAUCUCAGUUGUUUUGACACCCAACAUACAGAAUUCAGGUAAUCCUCAAUUUAUGACCACACCUGGGAUCAGAAUUUCCAUUGCUAAGCAAGGCAGUUGUUAAAUGAGUUGUGCCCAAUUUUACAACUUUUUUUUGCCACCCUAAAAAAAAAAAACAGUUGUUGAGUGAAAUGUGGUUUUUAAGUGAAUCCUGGCUUCCCCCAUUAUCUUUGCUUGUCAGAAGCUGGUGAACUGAUGUCCCCAGGAUACUGUAGCUGCCAUGAAUACUUGCUGCUUGCCAAGUGCCCAGAGUUUGAUUCUGUGACUAUGAGGAUGCUGAUGACUCUAAAUAUGAGGACCAGUGUUGUAAAUCACAUUUUUUCAGUGCCCUUAUAACUUUAAACCAUUGAUAAACAAAUGAUUAUACAUUGAAGACUAUCUGCAUGAGAAACAAGCAGUGUGAACUUAAUAUUCUAAUACAGAAAGGCAAAUAAGUUGGUCACUGGCAUCACUAAAACUUGGUGGGAUGACAACUAUGAUUGGCAUAUAGUUUUGGAAGACAGCAACUUAGGAAAUAAUGUCAGCAAAAGUGAAUCUUACACUGUACAUUGAAGGAAUAUGCUUGCGCCAGGGGUAGGUUCUACUUUCACUACCAGUUCGCAACGGGAGUGUGCGCUUCUGUGCAUGCUCAGAAGCUUCUGCAUAUACGCAGAUCGUAUUUGAUGGCGUCCGGGUGGGUGGGCGGAGCCUCCUGCUGCCGUUUCUAUUGGUUCACAAGAACCGAACCGGUAGCAACCCACCACUGGCCUGCACACAGGUUCACUGAUGAAAACGUGAAUUCUGUUAAAGAGUGGGCAAAAGUAAAAUCAAAGAAAUGGAAGUGAUAAUUCUCAAUAGACCAUCUGGGAGGCAGAAUAUCUGGGCAAGGACUUCUGGUGUCAGGUCUCCAAAGUUUAUAAGAGGCACCUCAUAGCAAUUGAGAUGAUUUCAGCCACUCUGACAUCUGGUGGAAUUCUAAUUCUGUUGAGAGUCAGAAGGUUCCUCCUCUCUGGUUGACGACUUCAGAAAAGGGAUAAAGGGAUCUGCUCUCAAUCCAAUGCUUACCAAUAGAGAGACAGCUAGAAGUGAAGAUGGAUGGAUUCUGGGGGGAAGCGACCAUAUUUCUCGAGUUCUUGAUACCAAGAGGAGGAAGAAUGGAAAAGAACCAGUGUUUUCACGCUGAGCUUCAGAAGAGUGGAUUAGAUCCAAGGCCAUGAACAAGGGAAGGUCAGGAAAUUCUGCAGAAGAAUAUAUUGAAGGCGAUGUGGUAGACCUUCAAAGAUGCUCAGCUUUCUAUAAAUGCUGGAAGGAAAAAAAGAAAUCUAUGUUCAAACUGAAGGAGUGGGAUUGUUCCUGUAUGUAAAGAAAAGUGUGUGCUCUGGAGCAGCGGUCACCAACUGGUGGUCCAUGGACCCACUGGUGGUCCGUGAGAAAAUUGUGGUGGUCUGCAGAAAAUUUAUCUGCAUUGUUUAUAUUGCACUAAAUCGGGGGUUCUCAAAUUACGGCCCAUGGGCUGGAUACAUGCAAUGAAUGCUUGUGUUGCUGCAGAGUCUCCCCCUUUUUGUGCAGGUCAUAGGAGGGCAGAAAUUCUGACUUGGGGUCUGCUUCAGCCUCUAGAUGUGUGGCUUUGGAGUGAAGGCUGGAGGGAAGUGCCACUGGUGGUGAAGAGCCAGAGGGCCAUGUUCCAGUGGGACUGCAUCAUGGCCUAGAACUGGCUGACCAUCUCAGCCUGCUGAGCCUCCGUGGGCCGGUAACUGGCCUCGCACUCCCGCAGGUCUUCCCUCUGCUUGGAAAGCCUAUGCUCAUAGUCCUCAGUGAGGUGCUUCUGCUGAGCCGCCUCGGUCAGAUCCAAUUUGAAUUGAGCCAGCUGUUUAGCCAACUCUCUCAUGGUGGCUGCUUAGCUCUAACAACUGCUUCCUGUUGGGGCAGUAAGGAGCCUGGGCAGGCAGGCAAAGAGGGGCUGGGAGGAGAGGGAUGAGAAGCGGCCAGCGAGGUGCCCCUCAACGUGAGUGACAUUGAGUUGACCACACCUACCCAGUCACAUGACCACCUAGCCAUGCCCAUCUAGCCAGUCAUUAGGCAGAUCAUAUUAGUGAUCCAUGGGAUUUAAAAUUAUGAAGUUAGUGGUCCCUGAGGUCCGAAAGGUUGGUGAGGCUUGCUCUGGAGCAAGGAAUCUGGAAAGGAUCUUCUUUAAGGAGCGCAUAGGGUAUAGGCCAGGGUGGGAGAACACUUUUUACUUAAGAGUGUUCCCAUUUUGAAGCAGCAGCAACAACACACACACAGCCAGAAUUUCUUUCCCUUCCUCAUACAAUGCACUGUCCAGUAGAAGCUCUGGUCACAAAUGCUUCCGACCACAACCAAAUUGGGUUCUGACCAAAAAAAUUCACAAUUUUUUUUUCCUGUGGUCGAUUUCCUCUUCCGUGCCUUUUUUAUUUGUAAGCACCAAAUAUCCAAAAUUAGGUUCGGGUGACGACCAAAUCGGGUUGCAAACAGCUACGGAAUGAAUUUGGUCGUGACCAGCGGUUCUACUGUACCCAGAUUUUAGCCAAUAUUAUUGUCUUUGCUUUGGGAUAAAUAUUUUGUAGUAGUUGCAUUUUCUGUUGUUAUUUGCGUAGGGCAGGAAUAAUUGGGCAAGAAAUUCAUUAUAAUUUUUUUCUUAUAACUUGUAAAUGAAUAACCCACCAAGUAAACAAGUUUUGGGAGGAGUUUA